CCCGCUCUUUCAAACUUUCAAACCCAAAAACCAUCUCUCACUUCGCGGCUUCUUCUUCUUCUUUCAGAUCCCUAAAACCCAUACCCAAAAACCAAACCCUCCCUCAUUUUUCAAAUCCCGCCUUAACGGUCCCCUAUUAAUCUCAGUCCUUCACUUCCCUUCCCUCCAUUUCUCCUCAACCAUGGAGUCCGCCGCUCCUCCACCUCCUCCUCCUCCACCGCCGCCGCCGCCGCAACCGGAGACCGCUUCCAGGCACCACGCCUAUAGCCGGAAGCAGAAGUCUCUCGGCCUCUUGUGCUCCAAUUUCAUUGCCUUGUACGAUCGAGAAGGCGUGACCUCCGUCGGCUUGGACGACGCCGCUGCAAGAUUAGGCGUGGAGAGGCGACGGAUCUACGAUAUCGUUAAUGUGCUUGAGAGCGUUGGGGUUCUUUCGCGAAAGGCAAAGAACCAGUAUACUUGGAAAGGGUUUGGGGCAAUCCCUAUUGCUUUACAUCAGCUAAAGGAAGAGGGUCUGAAAGAGAACUUCAAUACUUUCCAUGGCGAUCUCCAGGGCAGUGAUGAUCCGAAAUGUUCGCAGGGUUCAGAUGAUGAGGAAGGUGAUGAGAGUGGUCCUGCAACUGGGAGUCAGAAUGAGAACCCCGGUGUCCAUCCCAAAUCUUCAGGAAACUCGAAAAAUGAUAAUAGAAGGGAAAAGUCUCUGGCACUUCUUACACAGAAUUUUGUGAAGCUCUUCGUCUGCUCCACUGUAGAAUCCAUCUCCCUUGAUGAAGCUGCAAGGUUAUUACUUGGGGAUGCACACAAUGCAUCUGUAAUGAGAACAGCUAAAGUAAGGCGGAUUUAUGAUAUUGCAAAUGUUUUGUCCUCCAUGAAUCUUAUUGAAAAGACCCACACAGCAGAUACAAGGAAGCCGGCAUACAAAUGGUUGGGAUUGAAAGGAAAAGAUGUCGUGAGUUCAGCUUCAGACGAGUCUAGAAAAAGAGCCUUUGGAACAGACAUCACAAACGUCAGUUGUAAGAGGGGAAAAGUAGAAUCUUCUACUGCUGGGAAAUUGGAAGCUCAGAAACAAAAGCUACAUGAGACUACAGUACGGCAACGUGAGAGACGUGAGAGCACAGUACAUAAGGUUGAUAGGAACAAUUUAGAGGACUCGAAAGAAAAUACAAAGAGCUACCAGUUUGGCCCUUUUGCUCCAGUUACUAUUGCCAGAGCUGGGAAUUUCAACAUGAAGAAGGUUGACUGGGACAAUUUGUCGUCUACUUACCGUCCCCAGUAUCAGAAUCAAGCUUUGAAGGAGCUGUUUUCUCAUUACAUGGAAGCAUGGAAGUCAUGGUACUCUGAAGUUGUUGAGAAGCCAAUCCAAACUUGAUGUUUCUCUAUUUUCGUUACAUUCCCAAAUUGAUUGAGGAAAUUGCUUCUGUUCAACUCUCGAUGUUGACUCGGCAAAGAAGGGAUCGCCCUGUUGGAUGCAUUUCUCCAUGCUCCAUUUUAGAAUGGCAAUCCUCAGGAUACUUUUUAACAUUUUGUGACCCUGUUUAUUGGCAUUCAAUACAGAUUCUUUUCUUGGUUUAUGCAACUGAUUGCUAGUUAUAGAUGAUUAGGUUGAAGUGAAUGUUGUAUAUACAUGGCAGGCUUAUUUUUCUACAAUUGUUAACUUUCUGGAAAUGAGAAUAUGCAUUAAGCUGGUUCUUGUUUGGCUUGAUGAACUCCUUAUUGCAGUAAGCUGGUUCUUGUUUGGCCAACAGGAUUAGUGUUCUUAUUGGGUUCAGAGCGGCAGGCCUGGGGUUUACCGGGCAUAAUGUGUUAGGAUUAUGUACUGCUCAUUCCUGACUUUCUUUGCUUUUGGUCCAUUAUCUUAUAUUAG